ACACAGGACUACCACAAGUGAUCAGCCUCAAGACUAAACUUCUUCACAAAUCAUUACUAAAUUAUUUCUCUGGAGUUAUUAAUAAAUCUCAAACUAUACCCCGUGAAAGGAAGAAGAUUUACCCAACCUAAGAAGAUAAUACUAUAAGCUGUGGAGAUAUAAGGAGGAAGAUUGAGUGUUGUACAGGAGACUUAACACCACCAUUUAACUCUUCAUUAUGCCCUAUGCCAACCAACCAUCCCUUAAUUUAAUGGAACUUACUGAAGAAAACAUUAAAUUCUACAUAGAAGACACAGAUCUAAGUGUGGCCAACUCCAUCCGCCGAAUCUUUAUGGCAGAGACUCCAACAAUAGCCAUUGAUUGGGUCCAGCUGGAGGAAAACUCUACCGUCCUGAGUGAUGAGUUCAUCGCUCACCGCAUUGGUCUCAUUCCUUUCACCUCAGAUGAACGUAUUGAACAGAUGCAGUACUCAAGGGACUGCUCGUGCACAGACUACUGUCCAGAAUGUUCCGUAGAAUUCACACUGGAUGUCAAGUGUCAGGAUGACCACACUCGCCAGAUCUCCACAGCUGAUCUCAAGUCCUCCGACGCCAGAGUUAUUCCCGUAACGUCACGGCACCGUGAAGACGAAGCCAGCGAGUAUGGAGAGUCCGAUGACAUCCUUAUUGUAAAGCUGCGUAAAGGUCAAUCGCUGAGACUGCGAGCUUAUGCAGUCAAAGGGUUUGGAAAGGAGCACGCCAAGUGGAACCCCACAAGCAGUGUAGCCUUCGAGUACGACCCUGACAAUUCGCAGCGGCACACACUUCUCCCCAAGCCAGAAGAGUGGCCCAAAAGUGAAUACUCCACCCUGGAUGAAAAUACUCCCCAGGCAGAGUUUGACGCAACAGCCAAACCCAACAAGUUCUAUUACAAUGUGGAGAGUGCCGGAGCGCUCAAGCCAGAGAAUAUCAUCCUUAUGGGCAUCGCUGCUCUUAAGAAGAAGCUCUCAGACUUACAGAAUCAGUUGAGCAUGGAGGCGCAGUCUGAUGCUCUGGCCAUCAAUUAAAUAUUCCCAUUUGGCGCCUUAGAUUAUUUUCAUCGUUCAUUCAGUCAUGUUUACCACAGUGGAACCUCCACAUAACUUGUUUCUACCUCCAUGUAAUCCAUUAGGUGGAGUUUUACAGCUAACGGACGCUCAAUGUAAUGGAUAUUCUUAUCUUUACAGUCCGUUAAAAAGAGGUUUCACUGUAUUAAUGAAUUUGGACAUUUUAGUUUCUUCUGUAUAGGAUGAUCUGUGUUAGAUGGUGUCUAAGAGAGAGAGUUGAUACGGUAUAUCAGGGAGUAAUAUUUUCCCAGGAUCUUGUUAUUAAAUGACUACUGGAAUAAUUGGUUAUACUGUACUGUAAGGCUAUAUUCACUUUGUCUGAAAUUUGAUUUGGUUUCAAUUCUGUGCCAUUUUUCAAUUAUGAUUUAGAAGUUUAGAAUUUGUUAAAAUAUUCACACAUUAGAGAAUUUAGCUUUGAGGAAAUGUGAUUUUUUUUCCCUGGCUAAGACAAUUUUAAUAACUCUGUACUCUAACGACAAUGUCAUGACAUGCUAUUGUACUGUACUGGCUACUUAACAUGAUGAUCAAGAAUGGAAAGUGAUCACAUACAGUCAACUACGUAAGUCCAUUCACCUCUCCCUCUGAAACAUGAACCCCAAGAUUCAGACUCAUGAAGCAAUAGACUGAUACACUAUUUUGUCCAUAAGAACAUAAAUGCUUUAGGUUCAUAAGUCUGAAUCUUGAGGUUCAUGUUUCAGAGGGAGAGGUAAAUGGAAUUUAUUAGUUGACUGUGCAGUAUUUGUGUUAGUUGUGCAAUAAUGAGUCACACAUAAGAGGAAAACAUUAACAUAUAUCAUUAAUUUUCUGUUAAUCUUUGUCCUUUAUAUUACUACAGUACAUCCUAUCAGUAAGCAUUGUGGUCCAUACAGCGUGAAAAAAAAUUUGUAAUGUUUUUUUUUUAAAUAAAUUCAUAAUCAUUGUA